GACUGAUUCCUACAGAAUUUCAUCAUAGGCCAGAAAACUCCAGUCCAAUCUCAUUCCAUCCUUUCUCUCUCUCUGGCUAUACAUACAAAAUAUACGCGCGCAAUAAUUGUAUAUUUUGAUGGCUUCUUUGUUGUCAAGGUGCGAGCGAUAAGGGGUGAGAGACAAUUCGUUACCAUUGGGUGAUGCUAAGAUUUGUCUUUGCCAUCGGAAACAUUUUUCAAUUUAGCUUUUUUAUCUUUAUCGUUUCAUCUUUUUUUUAGUUAGCUCAAUUUGAUGACUUCGUUUAUCUUUGUCCCCCUUAUGUUUAUAUGUCUCAGAUUUUCCUUUGGUAGCUGAAUUCUGUUUCAGUUUUAGGUUGUAUUGCAGAAAUUGAAACUUGGAAGUUGAAAAAAAGAAAGUUUUACUGUAUUUCAUUUUCACCUAAAUUGGGGCAUUUCUCUUCCGAUUACCCUUUUAAUAUAGGCAGUGCAGAUUUGAAUGAUAUUUGUGCUUGGAAGAUGUUACGCUCACAAUUAUAUGUGGUUGCAGCCUGAGCUUUUGAUGAUUUGCAGCUGGUUAGAAUACAUGGAUUGCAAAAAAAUAGAGACUUCAAAUAGUUUUAUUGACUGGCUUGAGACAGAUGUCUUCCUUUAUGUUAUGAGUUUCUUAGAUGACCCGGCUGAUAUAGCUACUGUCUCUGCUGUCUCGUGUCAUUGGCGCCGAUUUGUGAUUGCAAAUGGGCUUGCAAAACAGCUGUGCUUAAAAAACUUCCCGCAGCUCUCUGGUAUUGUUGAAGUAGUGAAUGGAAAUGAAGGAACAACGAAUUCAGUUGCAGUCAAUGCCAGUAGUGCUGUCGAAUGGGCGGUCCUCAAGAGAGAUCACUGGGCUUAUGCAUCUCUACUUCAGGCCAUCCUGAAAUCGAAGGUUUCACCAAAGGAUUGCAUAGCAAAAGCAGUAAGUGCAUCUAGCACCGACAAUUAUCCAGACGAAAGUGUUGUUAAUACAUUGAAUCCAAGGGACAGAUUCAUUCGGAGAGCUUCAUACUGGUCAAGUAAAGGACAAAGUAAUCCUGACGUGCCGGAGACGUUAGUUUAUAAACUAAGUGCAGGAAUUUGGGUUAUUACUGAAGUCGAUAUUCAACCAUUUGAAGCUUUUUUCCAGAUGGGAAAACCCAUAUACUCUGCCAAAUUUGUAAGAUUCAGAAUGGGCCAUCUGAAAUCCCCAAGAGAGAUAGGAGAUGACCUCCAAUGUUUACCAUUGCAGAAACCUGAUGAUGACAAGUUUGUAUGGACUUACACUUCUCCACAAUUUCCCAUGACACAGGAGAAUUGCUUGCAGCCGUUCAAGCUACCAGAUCCAGUCCUCUGCGUUGGUGGAUAUAUGCAGAUUGAACUGUUGGGUAGGGUCCAGAGGCAGGAAAUCGAUGGAUUAUUCUAUAUAUGUGUGUGCUACGUUCGGGUUCUUGGGCGUCCUCUAUUCCCUGCAUUCAACAUGGAGAUUCUGGAGCCAGAUGGGGAGCUUUUGCUCAAGUUUUACCCCAAGAAUCUCAACUGCGUGCUGCAAAACUCAUCGCGGGAUGAGAUCCCUGAACUACGCCACCUUGAAGAGAAGAUGUUGUUGGAUCGAAUAGGUCUGCUGGAGGAUUUGUUGCGCGGGAUACAAGAAGGGCCUAACCAUGCCUUGGCUUUGGAAGAAGAUGACGACGAGGAUGGCAUGGAUGCCGAUCUUGUUCCCUAAUUUUCUGUUUUCGGCUCUAUAGAUGACUAAGCUUUUGAUGCACUUGAUAUUCUUGUCAAUGAGCAUGUAUAUUGAUAUGUCAUCUAGAACAUCUUCUGAAGAAAUAAAACUAUAACAACAAUAUAAUUAAAUAAAAGUCGCUUUCAAACGCAA